AAGAAAGCCCUUGACUCUAUAAUUUAUCAAUCCUAACGGCGACGUUGAGAAUUACAAUGUGUUUAUUAUGCUCUAUUUAUUUUUUGAAGUAAAAAGGCCGAAAAUUUUCGUGCUGUAAUUUUAGUGGAUGGAAUUAUGUUACGCCAAUCAUGAAUGAACAUGUCAAUUAGAGCAAGAUAGUUAAGAUAGGUUGAAAGUAAGGACGCCGGUGUACUAUAAUUUUUUUCAUUUUUUAGCAUAGCUUUUAGUUUGCACUUAAACAUUAAAAUUGAGAUUUCCCAUAACAAUGCGAUACCAUAUUAGGCCUAUUUUCCCGUAAACUAUACGUGAAAGAUUUCAUAAAUGGAUAAUGGAUUACAUAAAAACGGCCAAGGUAGAAAAUGUUCGUCUAAUGGAUGGUUAUAAUCAACAAAGAACGACCAAUGGUGUACUUUAUGUUACAACUAGUCAUCUAAUUUUUGUUGAUCCAGCUGGAAAGAGAGAAACUUGGAUAAUCCAUCAUCACAUUCAAAAUGUGGAGAAGUUACCAUUAUCAACUAUUGGUGCUCCACUACGUGUGUCUUGUAAUUUUCUUAUAGCUGUCUUUGUUAUUCCCAGAGAACGUGACUGUCAAAAUGUUUAUUUAUCUCUGAUAGAACUGUCAGCACCAGUAUGUCUUGAAAAACUUUAUGCAUUCUCAUAUAAUCCACCCGAGGAUAAGAUCAGUCAAUCCACUGGAUGGGUGUUAUAUGAUCCCAAACUGGAGUUUGCUCGAAUGGAAAUCACUCCAGAUACCUGGAAAGCCUCUGAUCUCAAUGAAGACUACAAACUUUGUGAUACGUAUCCAAGGAUUCUGUUUUUACCAACGUCUGCUUCAAAGGAGACUGCCAUUGGCAGUGCCAUGUUUCGUAGUCGAAAGAGACUUCCUACUCUUUCAUACUUUCACAAAACAACCAAGGCAGCAAUAUGUCGCUCCAGUCAACCUUUAUCGGGGCUAAAUGCGCGGUCAGUUGAUGACGAACAAAUGAUAAACGCCAUUCUAAAAUCAAAUCCUAAUUCCAAGAAAUUAUAUAUUGUAGAUACUAGACCUAAGAUCAAUGCUAUGGCAAAUAGAGCGGCCGGUAAAGGCUACGAAAAUACAGAGUUUUAUGAGAAUGUUGACUUUCAAUUUCUUGGGAUUGAAAAUAUUCAUGUGAUGCGACAAAGUCUUCAAAAACUUGUUUAUGCUUGUGGUGAGCGUCAGAAUGGAGAGUCGUUCCUUGAGAGUAUUGUUAGUAGUGGCUGGCUGAAACAUGUUAAGUGUGUCUUAGACACUUCGUAUUUUAUUGCCAAGGCUAUUUUUGAUGAAAGAAAGAGCGUUUUAGUUCAUUGUAGUGAUGGUUGGGACCGAACUGCGCAAACUUGCUCUAUUGCCAGUAUUUUAUUAGAUUCAUUUUUUCGAAGUAUUCACGGAUUUCAGGUACUUAUCGAGAAAGAAUGGCUGUCGUUUGGUCAUAAAUUUGUUGACAGAUGCGGUUUUGUUCGUAACGAUGGCAAAGAAGUAUCCCCAGUGUUUACGCAGUUUUUGGAUUGUGUUUGGCAAUUACAGCAUCAAUUUCCAUUUUCUUUUCAAUUUAAUGAAAGAUUUUUACUAACCAUACAUGAUCAUGUUCAUUCUUGUCAGUUCGGAACAUUUCUUGGUAAUUGCGAGAAAGAAAGAUUAGAAUCAAGAUUGUCUGAGACGACGUUCUCAUUGUGGGGUUACAUAUGGCAAAAUUACAAUGAUUUUGUAAAUCCUCUUUUUGAUGGAACUAAAACCUCGUUCCUUCGUCCCAAAACCUCUCCACAACACAUAAGGUUUUGGAGAGCAAUGUAUAAUCGCCAUGAUAAUACAUUGCAGCCACGCGAGACAGUCAUGGAUGCUAUAACAAGUCUUGUGGAUCAAAAUGACUCUAUUGAAGAUCAUAUUAGCUUACUGUCAAAGAGAAUUGAACUGAUGGAACUGAUUCUUAAUGACACAAGCGAUGAUGUCAGCGCAAUGAAUGAUGGUAUACUUCAAAAUACAGACGUCACAGACAAGAUAACAAAACAUGAUACAAUUGAAACAGAACUAAGGCGACAGAAUCUUACUUUAAAUGAAUUAGUUAGUGAUAAUCCACGUUUGUCACUUGACUGGCAAUCAUUUCGUAAAGUUGUGCAAUGCUCUUGUGCUUCUCCCAUUAAUUCUCUCACGAGAAAGCAUCACUGUUGGAACUGUGGUCUUGUUUUUUGUGGUCAAUGUAUUGAUUAUCAAACAUCAUUACCUGGUCAUUAUUCUGAGAAUAAAGUGCCUGUUUGUAGAAAUUGUUUCAAAAAAAUUAAGAAAUCAUCUUCGAAACCUGGCAGCUCGUAAUCAAAGACCAAAUCUGUUGUCAUGUAAAAUGCCCAAAGGAAGACUCAAAAACCUUCUCGCAGUCUGUUCACAUGAAAGAAAAAUUUCGGUCCGUCAGUCUUUGUCAUCAUUGUUCCACAACAAAAAACUUCUAUAUUGUCUUUUAGAACAAGAAAAAUAUCUCUAUGUUAUUUCUCGUUUACAUACGUUUGCAUCGGUCAGGGAGGAUGAACAGCACAAUUUGACUAUAAUUUAAUUUCCUAUUGGCUGAAUACAAAAUACAAAGAUCAGUUUUAAAUUACUCUUCCAUUUUGGAGAAGUUUUUUAAAUAGUACGAAAAUCUACUGAUCAACAGUAAGAAAUUUUUCCUAUGAACGAACCUUAAUAAAAAAUAGCUAUUUAUUAUGUUUAA